AGUGGAGCGGCUAGCAAAUACAGCAGGGCUGUUCUCUGCGUGUGCAUCCAUUCAUUCUCUGGCCAUUCCCCUGUUUGGUCUCGCCAUUCUGGAUCUUUGCGCCCGAACGCCGGCACUCCCGUCCCGGGUCAGAAGCUUUGGAUUGUGGGGUCAGAUGAUGGCUCAGGGAAGAACGGGGCAAAAGAGACAAAACUGGGUCACUCGCAGGCUCUCCUGACUGAUGCCUGUGUGGACCUGGAGGAAUGGGCUGCACCACCAGUACGGUCGUCCUUGAUGGGCUGCGGACGGUCUUAGAAAGGAACUGUAGCGGGUACAUCUGUAAAGGAGCUGCCGAGCCCAUUGGAACGUCUGAGGUUGAGCGAGCGCUGAGUCGGAGGGAGUCUCGUGUGUUGCCCACCCCGAGAGCGCAUAAGGUGAAGCCGAAAGUGAUCGAACCUCUGGACUAUGAGAAUGUUCUGGUGCAGAGGAAGACGCAGAUCCUCAGUGAUGUCCUCCGGGACAUGCUGCAGUUCCCCCUGGAGGACUUUGAGAUUUCCACUUUGAGGCGGCAAGGUCGGAGUCUCUACCCCACGGUGCCUGACAAUGCAGAGAGGGACGCUCACAGUCUGUUUGUCCAAGAGUGCAUUAAGACCUACAAGACCGACUGGCAUGUUGUCAACUACAAGUAUGAAGCUUAUUCGGGAGACUUCCGGCAGCUUCCAAACAAAGUGUCCAGACCUGAAAAACUGGCAGUCCAUGUCUUUGAAGUGGAUGAGGAUGUUGAUAAAGACGAGGAUACAGCCUCCCUUGGAUCCCAGAAGGAUGGGAUCACCAAACAUGGUUGGCUCAAUAAAGGCAACAUGAACAGUGCCAUAAGUGUUACUAUGAGGUCGUUCAAGAGGAGGUAUUUCCAUCUGACGCAACUGGGAGACGGCUCUUACAACUUGAACUUCUACAAGGACGAAAAAAUAUCCAAAGAGCCGAAAGGAACCAUUUUCUUGGACUCCUGCAUGGGCGUCGUUCAGAACAACAAGGUCCGGAGGUUUGCUUUUGAGCUGAAGAUGCAGGAUAAGAGCACCUACCUGCUGGCUGCAGACAGUGAAGGGGAGAUGGAGGAUUGGAUCAACACCCUCAACAAGAUCCUGCACAGCAGCUUUGAGAUCGCCAUGCAGGAAAAGAGGAAUGGAGACAUCCAUGAUGAUGAUGAUCUGGGAAAGUCAGACAGUUCUUCUGGCAGUAUGGACAGUUUUCAGAGCGCAAGAGACAUCGAGUCAAGGAUGAGGAACGAAACAAGACUGAAGCUGUUCACUCUUGACCCUGACACACAGAAACUGGACUUCUCAGGAAUCGAACCAGAUGUGAAGCAGUUUGAAGAGAAGUUUGGCAAGCGUGUGCUCGUUAACUGCAACGACCUCUCUUUUAAUCUGCAAAGCUGCGUGGCUGAAAACGAGGAGGGGCCCACAACAAAUGUGGAGCCAUUCUACGUCACUCUGUCGCUGUUCGACAUCCAGAAUGGAAGGAAGAUCUCGUCUGACUUCCACGUGGACCUCAACCACCCAUCUGUCAGGGGCAUGAUGCCCAAUUAUGACAGUCAGUAUAUAUACGUCUAUCCUGAAGGGCCACGAUUGGUCCAAGGGGUGUCGGAGACAGUCAUACGUUAUCCCCGACAGGGAGUGUUCUCUGUCACAUGCCCCCAUCCUGAUAUCUUCCUGGUGGCUCGCAUUGAGAAGGUGCUGCAGGGCGGAAUCAACCACUGUGCCGAGCCUUACAUGAAGAGUUCUGACUCCACCAAGGUGGCUCAGAAGGUCCUGAAAAACGCCAAGCUGGCAUGCAAUCGCUUAGGCCAGUACAGGAUGCCUUUCGCUUGGGCAGCAAGGUCGUUGUUCAAAGAUGCUUCAGGGACGUUGGACAAAAGCGCUCGCUUCUCGCCGCUGUACAGACAGGACAGCAACAAGCUGUGCAAUGACGACAUGCUCAAACUGCUGGCUGACUUCAGAAAGCCAGAGAAGAUGGCAAAGCUUCCCGUCAUCCUGGGAAACCUUGACGUCACCAUUGAUAACGUCGCCCCCGACUUGACCAAUUGCAUUUCCUCAUCCUACAUUCCCGUGAAGCAGUUGGAUGUGAGCGAGAAGAGCAGCGUCUUCUUUGAAGUGGAGGAGUUUGUGCCAUACAUCGCCAAAUGCUCCCAACCCUUCACCAUUUACAACAACCACCUCUACGUCUACCCCAAGCACUUGAAGUAUGAUGGACAGAAGUCCUUUGCUAAGGCGAGAAACUUAGCUGUCUGCAUUGAGUUCAUGGACUCAGAUGAUGAGGAUGCUUUACCACUAAAGUGCAUCUAUGGGCGGCCUGGAGGGCCUUUGUUUACUAAAAACGCUUUCGCAGCAGUAUUACAUCACCAGCAGAACCCUGAAUUCUAUGAUGAGUUCAAGAUUGAGCUUCCGACCCAGCUCCACGAGAAACACCACCUGCUCUUCACGCUCUAUCACGUCAGCUGCGAGAGCAACAGCAAGGCUAGCACGAAAAAGAGAGAGCAGGUUGAAACUCAAGUGGGUUACGCCUGGCUUCCCCUGCUGAAAGACGGCCGUGUGAUCAUGAACGAGUGUCACGUCCCCGUGGCGGCCAACCUUCCUGCUGGGUAUCUGAGCUGCCAGGAAGGUUCCAGCAAGCAUUCCAGUCCUGAAGUCAAAUGGGUGGACGGAGGCAAGCCUUUAUUUAAGGUCUCCACUCAUCUGGUGUCCACCAUUUACACACAGGAUCAGCAUUUGCACAAUUUCUUUCAUCACUGUCAGAGCAUUGCGUCAUCGCCUCAGGAAUCAGGAGGUGAACUAGUCAAGUACCUAAAGAGUCUGCACGCAAUGGAGAGUCACGUGAUGAUCAAGUUCUUGCCCACCAUCCUCAAUCAGCUGUUCAGGGUCCUGACCAGUGCGAGCCAGGAAGAUGUGGCGGUCAAUGUCACCAGAGUCAUGAUCCACAUUGUAGCCCAGUGCCAUGAGGAGGGGUUGGAGCACUACCUGAGAUCAUACGUCAAGUUUGUUUUCAAGACUGAGCCGUACACAGCUUCCGCUGUCCGGACGGUGCACGAAGAGCUGGCCAAAGCCAUGACUGCCAUCCUGAAGCCUUCCACCGACUUCCUCACAUGCAACAAGCUGCUCAAGUACUCCUGGUAUUUCUUUGAAGCCUUAGUCAAGUCCAUGGCUCAGUACUUGAUUGAAAGCUGUAAGGUGAAGCUGUCCCGGAAUCAGCGUUUCUCAGCGCCCUUCCAUCACACUGUGGAGACUGUGGUCAACAUGAUGAUGCCUCACAUCACUCAGAAGUACAAAGAUAACCUUGACGCGGCCAGGAACGCCAACCACAGCCUGGCGGUCUUCAUCAAGCGUUGUUUCAACCUGAUGGACAGAGGCUUUGUGUUCAAACAGAUCAACAACUACAUCAACUGCUUUAUGCCCGGAGACCCAAAGACACUCUUCGAGUUCAAGUUUGAGUUCCUGCGUGUCGUGUGCAACCACGAGCACUACGUCCCUCUAAACCUGCCCAUGCCUUUUGGAAGGGGGAGGAUCCUGAGGUUUCAAGACCUCCAGCUGGACUACUCGCUGACAGAUGACUUCUGUAAAAACCACUUCCUGGUUGGGCUGCUUCUACGGGAGGUCAACGCAGCUCUGCAGGAGUUCAGGGAGAUUCGACAGAUCGCCAUCCAGGUGCUGAAGAACCUGAUGAUAAAGCACACCUUUGAUGACCGCUACACUUCAAAAAGUCAGCAAGCAAGGUUGGCAACGCUCUACUUGCCCCUGUUUGGUUUGCUUCAAGAAAACGUCAACAGGCUGAAUGUGAAGGAAGUCACCCCCUUCACCAUGAACUACUGUCACAAUAAUGGAAGAGAAGAUUCCCUCCUCACCAAUGCUUUGAUGACCCCACCCAGAUCCAGCACUUUUUUGGACACAAGCUUGCACAAAGAUGUUUUUGGAGUCAUCUCUGGCACCGCCUCCCCUCACACAUCUUCUACACCCAUCAUUAAUUCUGUGCGGCAUGCAGACUCCCGGGGGUCUCUCAUCAGCACGGAUUCUGGCAACAGUCUUUCUGAGCGCAACACAGAAAAGGGCAACUCUUUAGAUAAGGCUGCCUCGUCACUCAGCAGCUCGCUGCUUCGAUGCGAUAAACUGGAGCAGACUGAGAUCAAGAGCUUCCUCAUGUGCUUCUUACAUGUGCUGAAAAGCAUGUCUGAAGAUGCUCUGUUCACCUACUGGAACAAGGCUUCUUCUGCCGAACUCAUGGACUUCUUCACGCUUGUCGAAGUGUGCCUCCAUCAAUUCAGAUACAUGGGAAAGAGAUACAUCGCAAGGAACCAGGACGGGGCAGGACACGUAGCGCAUGAGCGGAAGUCUCAGACUCUGCCCGUGUCCCGUAACAGGGCGGGAAUGAUGCAUGCCCGCUUGCAGCAGCUCAGCAGCCUGGAUAACUCAUACACUUUUAACCACACUUACAGUCACUCGGAUGCCGACGUGUUAAAUCACUCUCUGCUGGAGGCCAACAUUGCCACCGAGGUGUGCCUGACCGUCCUGGACACCCUCAGCAUCUUCAUCAUGGGUUUCAAGACCCAACUGUGCUCUGAUAAUGGCCACAGUCCACUUAUGAAGAAAGUGUUUGAAGUCCACCUCUGUUUUCUGCGGAUCAAUCAGUCCGAAACAGCCCUCAAGCAAGUCUUCACCUCGCUGCGGACAUUCAUCUACAAGUUUCCCUGCACGUUUUUUGAAGGCCGUGCUGACAUGUGCGCUGCGUUCUGCUACGAGAUCUUAAAGUGCUGUAACUCCAAACUGAGCUCCAUCCGCAGCGACGCCGCCCAUCUGCUCUACUUCCUCAUGAAGAGCAACUUUGACUACACGGGGCGCAAGUCUUUUGUCCGCACACACUUGCAGGUGGUGAUUGCUGUAAGUCAGUUGAUAGCUGACGUCAUUGGUAUCGGGAGUACUCGCUUCCAGCAUUCCUUAUCCAUCAUCAACAACUGUGCCAACAGUGACAGAACUAUCAAGAACACGGCGUUCCCGUCAGACGUUAAAGACCUGACCAAACGCAUCCGAACCGUUUUGAUGGCGACCGCUCAGAUGAAGGAACACGAGAGGGAUCCAGAGAUGCUGGUGGACCUUCAGUACAGCCUGGCCAAGUCUUAUACCAGCACGCCGGAGCUCCGAAAAACCUGGCUGGACAGCAUGGCUCGAAUCCACGUGAAGAACGGAGAUUUAUCCGAGGCAGCCAUGUGCUACGUUCAUGUGGCAGCGCUGGUGGCAGAAUACCUGAGGAGAAAAGGCAUGUUCAAACAAGGAUGCUCAGCGUUCCGAGUGGUGACUCCAAACAUCGAUGAGGAGGCGGCCAUGAUGGAGGAUGUCGGCAUGCAGGAUGUCCACUUCAAUGAAGAUGUCCUCAUGGAGCUUUUGGAGGAGUGCGCCGACGGCCUGUGGAAAGCCGAGCGUUACGAGCUCAUCUCAGACGUCUACAAGUUGAUCAUCCCCAUUUAUGAGAAGCGUCGGGACUUUGAGAAACUGGCCCACCUGUACGACACGCUGCAUCGGGCGUACAGCAAAGUCACAGAGGUCAUGCACACGGGAAAGAGGUUACUUGGCACUUACUUCAGAGUGGCGUUCUUUGGCCAGGGCUUCUUUGAGGAUGAAGAUGGGAAAGAAUAUAUCUACAAAGAACCCAAAUUCACUCCACUGUCCGAGAUAUCUCAGAGGCUCUUGAAGUUGUACUCUGACAAGUUUGGGCAAGAGAAUGUGAAGAUGAUUCAGGACUCCGGAAAGAUCAACCCUAAAGACCUGGAUUCCAAGUACGCGUACAUCCAGGUGACCCACGUGACACCUUACAUGGAGGACAAGGAGCUGGCAGACAGGAAGACGGACUUUGAAAAAAGCCACAACAUCCGCCGCUUUGUGUUCGAGAUGCCGUUCACCGUGUCGGGCAAAAAGCAAGGCGGCGUGGAGGAGCAGUGCAAACGCAGGACAAUACUAACCACCACGCACUGUUUCCCCUACGUGAAGAAACGCAUCGCAGUCAUGUACCAGCACCACAUCGACCUCAGCCCCAUCGAGGUGGCCAUCGACGAAAUGAGCAAGAAGGUGGCUGAGAUCAAUCAGCUGUGCUCCUCCAGCGAGGUGGACAUGAUACGCCUACAGCUCAAACUGCAGGGCAGCAUCAGUGUCCAGGUGAACGCGGGACCGCUUGCUUAUGCUCGUGCUUUCCUGGACGACGCCAGUGCCAAGAAGUAUCCCGAUAACAAGGUCAAACUGCUGAAAGAGGUCUUCAGGCAUUUUGUGGAAGCGUGCGGCCACGGCUUGGGAAUCAAUGAGCGACUGAUUAAGGAGGACCAGCAGGAGUAUCACGACGAGAUGAAGGCCAACUACAGAGACCUGGCCAGAGAGCUGUCAAUCAUCAUGCAUGAGCAAAUCAGUCCCGUGGAGGACGGCAUCAAGAGCACUCUUCCGGACUCGCUUCACAUCUUCAACGCCAUCAGCGGCACGCCAACAGGCGCCACCAUCCAGGGCAUCCCCAGCUCUUCCUCUGUGGUUUGAUGCUGAGAAGCAGUCAAGACGAGGAACGCCGAGGAACCCCACUGAUGACUCGUCCAGACCAGGAGGACACAGUGGACAGUGUGGUGGUGCACGGAGAAAGAGAGAGCUGGCGCUCCGUAGAGACGUCCCUUUUGGCCUCCUUCACACGCAUCCCACUUUUAUAUGGGACUUUAUUUUACUCUCACGUUGUGUUCUUUUUAAUGUAGUCUACUUUUACAAUCCACUGUACUGAUGCACACAUGAGCACUACGUAUACGAAGCAUACACUCUGUACAUUCUAUUUCUACAUUACUCUUAGCCAAUAUGAAAUUGCUUCAAUCGCUUCGGAGCGUUUUGGGCAUAUUUAAAGCCAUUGUAUCCUUUUUAAAAAACAAAAAAAGUGGUUAUUUAUGUAAAUAUUCAAAGGAAAAAGGAGUGUGUGCAAUAUGUGGAGCUCAUACACUGUACAGAUGUUCACCUUCAUGCCAAAGGGAGGAAGGAAGGGGUGGAACCUGGCACUGCGCCUACCAACGGGAGGGGCGGGCUUAUUGGAAGCUUUUUGCCAUUUUAGUGUUGAUGUUUUUUUAUAUUUGCGCAGCAGUGUUUUUUUUAUUUGUAUUUAACACAAAGUUCUGCUGUAAACAGAUGUUUCCCAUGCUUGGCUUUAAAUAAAAUACUCGUUUCUUUGCAUCUUUUCUUCUGCUUUUUGUUGAAGUUGGAAUGUUUUCAUGGAGGCGUCCAUAUCUUAUUAUACCUCCAGUUCCCACCCACUGGAAAAACAGCACAGUCAGCAGUAUGGAAGACGUAUGAACGACUAGUAAGCGUUAUCUCGAAAGCAUUGUCCUAACUCUACCCCCGACAGGAAGCAGCUUGUGGACAUCAUGGCUGGUGAGUUGCCUAAUCCACA